ACGAGAACCGCUGGAUCUGCAGCAUUUUUUUUAGCGAGCUCUCUUGCUUUGCCUGUCUCAACUAAGUCAGGAUAUUCGUAGAAGAUUAGGCUUCAGUGGAGUGUGAUGGAUGAAAAGCGCAGAGCAUCCUGUCAGUAUGGGUCCCUGAAAUGCACGAAAUGGAAAACAGAUGUGGACCAAACAGAGGCAGAUGUGGUCUCAAUGGCAGACUCUACUAUCACAGUGGGAGACAUAGAGGGGGAACUCUAUAAGAUUGAACGGAUCAGAGACAUUUUGAUCAGGAGGGAAUCUGAGCUCAGAUACAUGAUGGAUGAUAUCCAGUUAUGUAAAGAAAUUACAAGACUGAAGAAAGAGCUUCAAAAGCUUUUGUCUAUCCCAGAUAAUGACAAGUCUAACGAAGACAAACAGAAGGAGGAAGAGCUUCUGAAACAGAUUCAUAAAUUAGUGGAGGCCAGAGACUUCUUAGUAGAUGACGUGGAGUUUGAGCGUCUCAGGGAACGGGAGGAGGACAAAGAGAUGGCUGAAUUUCUCAAGUCCAAACUACCAAAAAGCUCUCAAACCAAGAGUGUUGCCCGCAGUGGGAGAAGGCCGCCCAGAGCCCAGCAGACUACUCCCUUUGUAACCAAGACAGGCCUCACUUUGCUGAAAGAGUGCUGUGGAUUCACCUGCUCUAUAAUGUAAAAGACACACUU